UUCAGUAGAUUAAAUUAGUUAUCUGUGACAGACAUAAGAAGAAAAUAUCUGUCAGUGUAAUAAUCUGUAUUUCCUUUCUUGUCAUCUUGUCAAAUCGAGCCGAGACACUAAAAUAUCUAUAAGAAUUUAAUAUUAAAUUAAAGGACACCUUUCUUGUCUCAAGAUAACACACACAGGAGACUCAAAGAUGCCAGAGUUGACAGAAUUGGACAAGGCUACAGCCUCCAUGACUGAGAAGCGCAAGGAAGAAACUGCUUCAUCAGACAGUGACUCUGAUGACACCAUUCCAGAAUUGGAAGAUGCUGGUGCACCAGGCACAGGAGGUAUCUCCAACCCAAUCGCUGGCAUAGAUAUUGUGUCGAAGGCAAAACAGUCCCGAGGCGAGAAGAAAGCGCGCAAGAUUAUGAGCAAACUGGGACUAAAGCCUGUACAAGGCGUCAACAGAGUCACCAUUAGGAAGUCAAAGAACAUACUGUUUGUGAUCAACUCGCCAGAUGUAUACAAGAAUCCACACUCAGACACCUACAUUGUGUUUGGUGAAGCCAAAAUCGAGGAUCUGUCGCAGCAAGCCACCAUGGCAGCCGCUGAGAGGUUCAAGGCUCCAGAGAGUGCAGCCACUGGCAAUGAUGCCACAUCCACUGGCACGACUGUGGCACCAAUAGCUGAGGAAGAAGAUGAAGAGGGCGUGGAUGAAUCUGGAGUAGAUGAGAAGGAUGUGGAGAUAGUGAUGUCUCAGGCGAACGUGUCACGAGCCCGCGCAGUGCGCGCCCUCCGGAACAACCAGUCGGAUAUCGUCAACGCCAUUAUGGAGCUGACAAUGUAAGCAGCAGUAGUCACAAUAUCUACGUUCUAGCUUUAAGUACGUGUUAUACUGCGGGCGUGUCAGCCCGCCUACAUACAGAUCCAAAGUUGUAUAAGUUGGGCCCAGGUGUGCGAUGAUUGGCAACAUAAGGGAGUGUAUAUAGCAUUAUUUACUUCAAUACAAUAACAUUUAAUUGUC